AUGUGUACUGAUAACCACCAUUCUGAUCUCUUACCUGGUAUCUACGAAGGUGGUCUGAAGAUAUGGGAAUGUACUUAUGAUUUGCUAGAUUAUGCCUCACAAAUGGAUUUAAAGAGGAAACGCAGUAUUAGAUUUGGGGUGUGGAUCUUGGAUUAUGAGGGUAUAUAUUCAUUGCUUAUGGGGAGCUAAAUCACGAGGUCUCAUUUUCAAGACUAUAAUUAAGUAAUACAAUUUUUGACUAUACCAAAUGUUUUAUUGAACAUCUCCAAAACAACUCGUGAUAUAAAUGGUGUUAUAUUAGGGCUGCUACAAAAAAAUCACUAUUUUGGUGUAGGUGGUACCAUGAAAAAUGUUUUAGAUUUGAUAGAGGAAGGAGGGAAUUUUCAGUCACUGUGUUAUUAA